CUCCCAACGAAAAAAUAUUUUCCCGCAGGAACUGGCGGAAUCACGCUCAUUUUUUUUCACCGGCUAUAGUACUGUUUAUAAUGAUGUUAACAAGGAAAACUAAAUCGAAAGUUACGGCUCACAAGAAGACUAUACCAACAGGUCGCUCAUCAAAAAAGUUAACUAAACAAUAAAUGAUCUGUGAAUUAAAGAAAAAAAGCAUGGUUCUACCAUCCAGAAUAAAAAAGUCGUUUUGGAACAAUUGCAAGUUGUGCUGGAAAUAGUAAUUUUAAUGAACAGCGCAGAGGGAUCAUAUAUCAUCAAUUAGUUCAUCACCAGCGGAUUCAUGGUCAUUAUUUGCGUCUCGAAGUGUUGUCAAUUUACACAAUGACGAAGAUACAAAUGAAAUGAAUGUUACGAAAAUUGCACCGCGUACGUACACUUUAUAUAAUUGUAUAAAUAGUAAGGCUCGUGGUGGAACAGGUAAUGCUAGUAUUAAUAUAACAGAAUAUGUAACGCCGAGUCUCCACAAGGCUAUUUGUGAAGGUCGUGACGUCCCACUGUACCAUCUUUUAAUGCCAGCGAAAACAGCAACAGCACAGUAUCGUGAUGAUCAUAAAGAUGUUAGUUCUUUGACGUUUAAACAAUUUUGA